AUGUCAUUGUUUAAUAAACCGAAGAGAAAUAUCCGUCGUCGACCGUUCAACGACGACGACGAGGAUAAUGAGAAUAGAAUGGAAGUGGAAGAUACUCAGCCUGUAAAGUCGAAAGCAAAAAAGAAAGACAAGCCGAAGCAGACGCUUCUUAGUUUUGGAGAGGAGCUGGAAGAAGCGGACGAUGGAGAAGUCUUUAAAGUGAAAAAAUCAUCAAGGAGCAAAAAAUUAAUGAAACAACUGGAUUACGAAAGGAAAAGAAAGAAAGGCGAAGAGAAGAUGCAAGUGGACUCUGAACAACCAAACAUGUCCGUUAAACUGGAAAAAGAAUUAGAAAUAAAGACGGAUGAUCUAGUGGUUAAAAUAAAGAAUGCAGGACCUCUAAUUCUAAAUGGACGAGCUGCGUUAGCAGCUGGAAAGGAUGAUUAUACGUCUGACGAAGAGGAAGAUGAACCACGCGGUCAUAAAUUUAGAAGAAAUACGGAUAAAGCUGAUACGAUGAAAAUUCUUCUUGAAAGUGGUUGCAUACCAGAUGCUGCGAUGAUACAUGCAGCUAGGAAGUGCAGACAAAAAGCAAGAGAGUUAGGAACUGAUUAUAUUCCUAUGGAGGAACAAAGUGAUGAUAAAGGCAAAUCGAGACUUAUCAGAGAAGAAGAUCACGAUAGAAGCGACGAUGAUGAUUCGCAAGACAGAAUCGAUAUGACUGUGAACACCGAAGCGCGUGAUAAAGAAAAAAGGAGAGAAGCGUUUCUCGCUUCGCAAGUUCCGUUAAAACAUUGCAGCAGCGCAACAGGAUUCCAUGAUGCAACAACAAUAUUCAAUGGGUGUGAACGUAAGCUCAAUGAUGGGAAGUGGAAUAUCUUUGGAAAUGAUGAUGAUGCCAGCUCCGCCGCCACCUCCCGCAAUUCAGCCCCCAGAUCCUACAAAAAUCGUGCCGAUUACUCCUCGAGAAGUCGUGAUUAAAAUGCGUUCGAGAUUGGACAGUUUGAAAGAAGUACAUCGACGUCGUCGAUUAGAUCGGGAACGUUUAGAACAAGAGUUAGGACAAACUGUGAAAGAACUGGACGAUGGUGAGAUUCGUGCACCGCAGCUUGCGCAGCGCUUCAGAUAUUACCAAGAGUUGCGUGGGUAUGUCACUGACUUGGUAGAGUGUCUUGAUGAGAAGCUGCCGCUGGUUGUUGGAUUGGAGCAGCGUUGGUUAGAUCUUUAUAGCGAACGUGCAACUGAACUAAUGGAAAGAAGGCGACAAGAUACGAGGGAUCAAGCAGAAGAGAUUACGACGGCUGCGAGAGGACAACCUAUACGAAAAGGGCCAGAAGUGGAAGCUCGUAUUCGUCGAGCUACAGAAAGAGAAGGAAGAAGAGCUCGUCGAAGAAGAGCUAGAGAAUUAGCUCCUACGUUACCGAAACAUAUCGACGGAAUGUCUAGCGACGAUGAAGUUACCGAGCAACAAAAUCUCGCGUUUAAACAAACAAAAGAUGAAAUUGAUAGUGAAAGUAAAGAAAUAUUUUCUGACGUCAUGGAUGAGUACUGUACGAUGAGAGGAAUACUUUCGAAACUAGAAUCUUGGAGAGAAACUGAUAGAGACGCUUACAUGGAAGCUUACGUAUCUUUGUGUAUACCUAAAAUCAUUUCUCCAAUUAUCAGAUUACAACUAUUGACGUGGAAUCCUAUUAUGGAAAGUGCAGAUAUAGAGAGAACAAAAUGGUAUAAUACUUUACUUCUAUAUGCGUUGAAUAAUAAGGAAACAGAGGAGUCGCUGAAAAGAGAUCCAGAUGUCAGAUUAGUACCAUUCGCGGUAGAAAAAAUUGUUAUACCUAAACUGACAUGUAAAGUUAUUUCGUUUGCUGUGAUUAAAACGCUAAUUUGGGAUCCAAUGUCCACGUCGCAAACAUUACGACUUGUAGGCACGGUAAAUCGUCUUAUCAGGGAAUAUCCAAAUUUAAAUGAUACGAGCAAACCAUUGGAAACAUUAUUUAAUGCUAUACUGGAAAAAAUUAAAUCGGCAGUUGAAAAUGACGUUUUUAUACCAAUUUUUCCAAAACAAGUCUUAGAUACCAAACAUCAAUUUUUUCAAAGACAGUUUUCCAUGGCUGUGAAACUUUUAAGAAAUUUAUUAAGCUGGCAGGGUCUUCUCGGAGACGCGCGAUUAAAAAAUCUAGCUCUUGGUUCGUUGUUAAAUCGAUAUCUUUUAGCAGGCUUGAGAGUAUCUGUUCCAACUGAUGCGUUGUUUAAAGCGAAUAUGGUAAUGAGUACGCUUCCUCGUGCUUGGUUGCAAGGUGAGACGAUAGAACAUCUCAAAAUGUUUGCUACGCUUAUUCAACAACUUAGUGAACAACUGGAUCAAGCAAAUCCAGCACAUAAGUAAGUAAAUCCUUUGUUAAAUAAGCAAAUCUUUUUAUUUCCAAAGUUAUGAUAGUUCUAACAAGUGAAUAAAUAAUCUUAGAUACGUCUGCUAUUUCGAAUUUUGCGUAUCGAUAACGAGUUAUUUUUAUACAUGAAACAUAUCAAAUUUAUUAGUAAAGUAUAAAUUUAAAUUUUCGUAUAUUUUAAAUUAAUUAUUCAUUUUUACAGUGAAGCCUGGGAAUAUUCGAAGUCCAUCUUAAAAAUAAUUAAACCUUUGUAA